AUGAUGGACACGAACAACUCGUCGGUGACGGCCUCGCUAGUUGUCGCGCCGACGGUACUGCUAUCCCUCUUCCUGCUGCAGUGGACGCGGUGGAGACGACGCCGGCUCGACCCCGACCGGCUGAGCGAGCGUCUCCGCGAGACGUACAUGAAGCCGCACUCGGGCCUCGAGCUGCGGAUUGGGCUCGACAUCGGCGGCUCGCUGGCGAAGCUAACGUUUCUGGAGAAGGAUGGAGUGAAGACGCCCUUUCUGGACUUUAUCAAAAACUCAAACACGUACGGGAACUCUGGGGUGCGCGACGAGGCGCUCGCCGUCUCGAUGCCGGAGCUGGGCGGGCGGAUGCACUUUGUGCGCUUCGAGACGGGCCACGUUCGCAACGCCGUAGAGCUGAUGAAGGCGCGCGGCACAGAGGGCGGCACAGCAAACAACCUGGAGGCUGGCUUCACCACGAUGUACGCGACGGGCGGCGGCGCGCACAAGUUCAAGGGCGUCAUCGAGGAGAGCCUCGGCUGCGAGCUGACGGCGUGCUCGGAGCUGGGCACUGCUGCCGUCACCCGCCGCUCGGUCCCGCUGCGGACGCACGACAAGGAGCCUCGCACCUCUUCGGAGCGGGCCGCCGCCCGCGGCGUGGUGCGGGUGCAGCGCGACCUCUCGGGCAUCAACUUCUUCCCCUUCCUCCUCUGCAACGUCACGUCCGAGUCGCAGUUCGAGCGCGUCUCCGGCACUGCGCUCGGCGGCGGCACCUUUCUCGGCCUCUGCCGCCGCCUCACGAAGGCGGCCUCCUUCAAGGAGGCGCCAGCGAUGGACAUGGCGGAGGACGGCGACGCGCGGAAGGUCGACAUGCUCGACCGCGCCGGGCUGCAGCUGCCGGGCGACCUCACCGCCUCCUUCUUCGCGCGCGCCCUGUCGGCGGAGCCGAAGGCGAGCGACGCCGACCUCUGCAAGGCUCUCGUCGUGAUGAUCUCGCAGAACCUGGCGCAGAUCGCGCAUCUCAACGCGCAGGUGCACGGGCUGCGGCGCGUCUUCUUCACCGGCGCGCGCAGAGGGGGCAGGGAGGGAGGGGCAGAGGGACGGCGGACGAGUCGAGAGGCGCAGGGAUGGGGCAACUUCCUGCGCGGCAACGAUCUCGCCAUGCGCACCAUCGUCUACACGCUGCAGCGCAUGCCGCGCGUCGUCGUGCACGGCGAGCUGGGCCGCAGAAAACGCGAGACCCGAGGCCCCUCCCUCCCCCCAGCCAGUUCCUCCCGCCCCCUGAUUCGUGCCUGCGGCAUGCCUCCAGGCGACUUGCUGCUGCCUGUCGGCGCCGAGCCGACCGAGGCGGUCUUCUUCCGGCACGAGGGCUACUUUGGCGCCAUCGGCGCCUACCUGGAGCAGUGUCGCAACUGCGCUAGCGCCGCGGAGCAGGGCCGCUAG